AUGUCAUACCAAACCAAUCUCUUCAUCAAUGGCGAGUACGUUCCCUCCUCGUCCGGAGAGACCCUGUCCAUCUACAACCCCAACGAUGACACCCUAGUCACCGAUAAAGUCCAAGUGGCUUCCGAGGCUGAUGUCGACAAGGCUGUCGCUGCUGCCAAAGCUGCUUUCCCCGGCUGGUCCUCCACGCCCGGUGCAAAGCGAGGUGCCAUCAUGCUCAAGUUUGCUGAUCUUCUCGACGCCAAUGCCGAACGCCUUGGAAAACUCGAGUCGAUAUGUAUGGGUCAACCCAUCACUCUCGCUAAAGGUUUUGUCAAUGGCCCGGCAGCGGUUUGGCGUUACUAUGCUGGCUUCGCCGGCAAGAUCGCCGGUGAAAGCUACCCUCCUGAAGGUGAUGGCUCUUAUAAGAUCGUCGCCUAUGAACCCCUAGGAGUUUGUGCCGGCAUUGCUGCUUGGAACGGCACUCACGCCCUUGCUGCCUGGAAAAUGGCCGCUGCUCUCGCUGCUGGAAACACCUUCGUCUUCAAGCCUUCGGAGAAGUCGCCACUGGGCGCAGCCCUCUACGGUGAAUUGAUCAAAGAAGCCGGAUUCCCUCCUGGCGUGAUCAACAUCGUCAUAGGUGCCGCCCCCGUGGGUGCCAUACUGGCGUCUCAUAUGAGCAUCGCCAAGAUUGCUUUCACUGGCUCCGCCGCCGGUGGACGUGCAGUCCAGAUUGCCGCUGCCAAAUCCAAUAUGAAGCAUGUCUCUCUGGAAUUGGGAGGCAAGUCUCCCGCUCUGAUCUUCGACGAUGCCGACCUGGACAAUGCCCUCCUGCACAACUCAACGGGCUUUCUGCGGAACUCUGGACAGGUAUGCUUUGCCUCGUCAAGAGUCUUGGUGCAAGAAGGUAUUGCGCCAAAGUUCAUCGAAGGCAUCAAAAAGGCCUUCGAAGAUGCUGCCAAGAAAAUGGGAGAUCCAUCUCUGGCCGAGACCGCAUAUGGGCCAUUGGCCGACAAGAAGCAAUUCGAACGCGUCAUGGGAUUCCUUAACGACGGGAAGGCCGAGGGUAUCGAGGUCCUGACUGGAGGAGAGAGAUUGGGCGACAAGGGCACAUUCGUGAAACCUACCGUACUUCUCAAUCCUGAUGUCCGGAGUCGUGUCUUCACCGAUGAGAUCUUUGGACCUGUCAUUGCCGUCAAGACCUUUAAGACGGAGGAGGAUGCUAUCGCUCUCGCCAACGAUACCACUUACGGUCUUGGAUCCUCUAUCUUCACCUCCGAUAUUGCUCGAGCCCUGCGGGUAGCGUCCAAGAUUGAGGCUGGAAACGUGGGAAUUAACCAGGCAUACAAGACAACUCCACAGACGCCUUUUGGUGGAUACAAACAAUCAGGACAAGGAAGGGAGAGCGGGUAUGAAGGUCUGAAGGGAUAUCUGCAAGCCAAGACCAUCAUCAUCAAUAUGGAGCUGCCGCGGAAAGCAUGA